AUGCAGACGGAAAUUCGGAACCCUAGGCAGGAGACCUACAAACUCCCCACAGACACAGGCGGACACACACAUACACGCGCACUCCACCCCAAAAAGCACUCCUCCACCUGGAGGCAGGCAGAGACCGCCCCCGCCCGGGUCCUCCUCAGCCCGCAGCCCUCCGUCCCCUUGCCCUCCGUCCCCGAGCCCUCGCCCCGAUUCGUACCUUCGCCGGGCUCCGCAGCCCUGCCCGCGGCGGCAGCCGGGUUCCCCUGUCCCGUGACGGCCACGCGCAGGUGGCCACGGCUCCGAGUGCCGAACCCGCCGGAUGACACCGCCUCCCCCUGCCUUUUAGUCAAGAAACUUGUAAUUAAUUUCAAGUUACUCCGCGCACCUUUAAACCCGGAGCCGCAUCCCCGCAGACCCCCCAACUCCGGCCCGGCGGAACCCCCCGAGGUCGGGCUGUACCGCGGCGGCUGCGCUGCCCCCGCGGGGGAGCGCCGUGCCCCGGGCGGCGCUCCAGCGGCCCCUUCCCCGCGCGGGCAGAGGCGGAGCAGCAGCGCGGCCGCGCGCGGCGGCGGCACAGCGCGGUCCCUCCCGGCACGGCCCGUCCCGCGGGGGCCUGCUGCCACCUGGCGGGCCGCCUCCGAGCGCCUCCGAGUGCCACCCGAGUGCACACCGAGUGCCACCGAGCGCCUCCGAGCGCCUCCCGAGCGCACCGACCCGCCGCUGGGCCAAGGCCGCCUCCGCGCAGGCUGCGCGCCCCUGACGGCUACCCACGCGGGGCGUGCGGGCCGGUGA